AUCAAAUUGGAAGAUUUUGCUGCAAAACGCAAUGAAUUGCUUGCUGAUUUGGCCGAUUUUCAACAAUCCAAGCAGUUUAUCGAAGAAACGAUGAAGACAAUCAGUGAUUUGAAUGAGGAGAAAGAUGCACAUAGUGAAAUGAUCCAGCAAAUCAAUAUGGACAAGCAAGAGCUAGAAAAGAUUAUGAAUUCGGCGAGGGAAGAGAAGCGACAAAUGGAGAAAAGUAUCAGCCAGAAAUACGACGAAAUAUACCGGCUAUUGGAAUUAACUAACGAGUUGUCCAGGGAGAGCGGUGUUGCUGAGGAAAAUCUCAUUACGCCUUCCGUUAUACCUCCCAAUAAAAUAACUCCGAAUAUGCCUGCGAUGGGAGCAUCGUCCACAAGUUCAGGUGUACCACAGCUUUUUCGGCAUUUCAAAGCCAAUUCGAUGCCGGCUGUCGUUCAGCGUGCCAUGUUCAAUUUUGAUUCCAUGCUUCUGCAAGCAGCUCCUGCGAUGGCAUCACGACCUCAUACUUUAGCAAAUCCAUUCUCACCUAGUACUUCUGCAGUUACCAAAAUUGACCAUCAGUCGCCACCGAUGAAGACGUGUCAGUCAUGCUUCCAACAAAUCCAUCGCAAUGCACCAAUCUGUCCGAUGUGCAAAAGCAAAAGCCGGUCCAAGAAUCCGAAAAAACCAAAAAGGAAGGCUGCUGAUUAA